AACAAAAAACAUUCAAUGUUGGCAUCAAUGAUUAUCCACCAUUUAUUCUAUUACAUGGUGAUGGACAUUGUCGACAACACCAACAACAAUCACAAUCACAGCAUCAACAACAAUCACAAUCAUGUCGACCGGAUGGUAUUGAAAUUAGAUUAUUAGAGAUAUUGGAAUUUUAUUAUAAUUUUACCUCUAACCUGAUACCUUUUGCUGGCCGUUAUGGCCGUAUGGAGAAUGGUACCUGGAAUGGUAUCGUACAUGGCUUAUUAAAUGGCAAUAUUGAUUUCGGUUUAGGUGGUGUAACGCUUCGAAAUGAUCGAAUACAGGUCAUAGAUUAUCUUCAUCCUCAUUGGACUGAUCAAUUUAGUUUCGCAACAUCACCUAUCGAACGUAAACAUAAAAUUCAGCAAUUUUUACAUCCAUUCUCUACCGAUGUUUGGCUAGCCUUAAUAUUAGUAUUCAUAAUGUUUUUCUUGGUCGAUCGAUUGAUGAUAAAUGUGAUGUCGACAACCAACACCACCAAACGUCAUUACAGAGGACGUUAUGAACAACAUUGUGUUUGGAUUGCAUUACGAUCAUUAUUACGUCAACCAUAUCAAUGGAUGAUCGGUACAGAAAAAGUGGCAGAAUCUUUUCCUCAACGAAUAAUAUUGGGAAUUUGGAUGUUAAACAUAGCGGUAUUGACAUCCAUAUAUUCUGGUGGUUUAUUAUCCGAAUUGACCGUACCCAAUUCGAAUAUUAUUGAUAGUAUUGAAAAAUUAGCCGAUGCAUGUCAAUCUGGACGUUUAACAAUGUUUGGUACGGUUAAAGAUUUCAACUUUUUUCGUAAUUUUACUAGAAAAAAAUCAUUAGAGAAUUGUCAGGAAACAAUUUCAAUGCAAAAAAGUGGCAUUGAAAAAUUGGUGGAGAAAACGAUCGAAAUGAAAAUGGUUAAUGGCCAUUAUCAAGCAAGAAAACGGCGGAAAAAAUAUGACAAUAUUAUUGGUACAUUUGUGUCGAGAGAACGUGCAAAUUUUCUUCAAAAUUGUUAUGGACUGGAUGCACUAUAUCUACCACCUUCGAAUUAUGAAUCAACAUUUUUCACUCUAUGGGUAGCCAUUCCAAUCAGUCCAAAAAAUUUUCAUUAUCAAACCGAAUUCAAUGAUGUAAUUUCCCAACUAAAAUCAUCGGGAAUAUUGAAACUUUGGGCUGAACAUAUAUCGUUGGAUGCUAAAACAUCCUAUUAUAAACAUAAAGCAUCAAAAUUUCAUGAAUAUUCUGAUAAAGAUAUGGACAAUUCCGAUGAUUCGGAUGAGAUAAUUGUAUCAAAAAUAACAUUGAAUCAUAUGCAUAUUGUAUUUAUCGUCCUUAUCAUUUGUUUAAUUAAUUCGACCAUAAUUUUUUCAUUGGAAAUAUUAAUCGCUUGUUUACGAUUUCAAUGUGACCGAAAUGAUAGGCUAAAAAUUCAUCCAUUCAAAAUUGAUUGUUGACAGAAUGUUUGUUAAU